CAUAAACAAACGUCUCAACCUUAAAAUCGAUCAUUAUCAUUAUCAAUAUUAUUACCUCUCGUCAAAAUCCUCUUUCGGAUGUGUUUCGCUUUAGAUAACGUCGUUGUUUGUUUCUGACUUAAAUUUUGCAAAAGUAUCUCGCACUCUCAAUCAAGAAAUGUAUCCUCUCCGUAACCUGGGUGACUUUGUAAGUGCAAAAUUUAAAGCUUUCAUUACUUGAGCAUUGAUCGAAUUCGUGUGUUUAUAAUGUCCGUUUGCCGUUAAUACCCUCUUAGCAACAAAGCGACUACUGUAUCAGUCAUUACAAGUUUGCUACAUAAUAUUUGCUAGCUUUUGGUGAACCUCCAGAUCCCUGUUAUAAUUGUACUCAAUUAGACCGAUCCGCCUCACAUACCUAGUAUACUAUCUCAAGAAAACGUUCGUCUUUUGAAUCCCUGCAUCGGAUCGUGAAUGGACGAAACCAAGGAGGAAUGCAGAACUCCGAAACAACCGAAGAACCUUCAAGAAAGCAUCUCAGAGGGCGCAUCAGACACGAAAUGUGAGGAGGACCCUCCGGAUAACAUCCCGGAGGCUAUUCAGACAGUAUUCAUUAAGUGCGAAGUACCCGAAUCGGACCCAGAACCAACUUCUGACACUGAAUUUUCUGAGUUCGGCGCUCAGAAUGUGAACAGAGGGAUCGGACCUUCCUCGUGUGAAGGAAGUGCUUCCCUGGAACAGCCCCAAGCAGGCUCCGCGGAGGCCGCCAGACUCUCGACCGAAGUGGAGAAAAGUGACCAGCGGGCCGGAUCUCUCGAAGUAAAAUCGGACUCUGAUGAGAAAGUAGCCCCCCGGAACAUUUCGAACACACCUCUCAAUGAAGGCCCAGCAGUUUCGACGAAGAGAACCCGGGGAUCCAAAGAACCACUCAACUGCAGCUAUUGCUCCCGCUCUUUUCAAUUGAAAACCCUCCUAAGUCGACAUUUGCGAACACACACCGAGGAGAAACGAUUCAGGUGCAGUCAAUGCCCCGCCGCCUUCGCUGAGAAAAGUAGACUACACCAGCACACGCUGAUUCACACCAACGAGAAACCGUUCCGUUGUAGACAUUGUCCCGCCUCGUUCGCUUUACUGCUGAGGGACGUUGAAACAGCCAGGUCAACAAGCAGAUGGGAUACUGCUCGCAAUUUGAUGCGUCAGGUCUCCCGAGUUUUCUCUACGGGCAGCAGGAGUAGCAGAUCGAGAUUACUCAGCGGCAAUGGUUCAGCGUCUUCUGGAUUAUGGCGAUUACUGAGCGGGCAACGAAAUUCAGAUGAACCAAUUCCACGUCAAAGAGCUAGAUCUCGGAGGACUUCCAUCAACUCGACCCCGCGUCGGCACUUCUAUGCAACUGUCGAUGGGAGCGCUUUUGGCAAUCAGAGAUCAGCUCCUUGGAGCACGUCAAAUCAGCGAGUCUGUACUUACGACUGGAUGGGAGAUAUUUAUUACAUAACAGAAACUCAUUUCACCGAUGAAACAUACAACCGUAUUUUGGAGGAAGCCCAACGAAACGCAAGGACUAGAAUGAGAAUUAGAGAUGAAGAGUCACAACCAAUGGUCCUCGUACGAACGCGCGUGGUUCAAGGGACGACUCGGAAAUUUGUCUUCGUAAGAAGGGAGGUGGCGCACUUGGACUUUUUGCCCGCAGAUGGAUCCGUUCCGUGGCUUACAGACAUGUUUCAAGCAUUGAACCGAGCACGAAUCGCGGCUGGACUCCCUCCACAAAUUGAAAAUCCUCGUUUCGCGCCGCCGUCUCCGCCGAGAAGCCCCAGACGGGACGAAGUACAUCCGAAGGAUGAAGAGGCUCCCGACACUGAUGACGAAAAGGAAACCGGUUCAAGUUGCAAGAUUUGCAUGGAUAGGAAGAUCAAGUUGGCGCUGAUACCGUGCAAUCAUGAAAUUUGUUAUACUUGCACCCAAACCAUAAGUGGAAGGCGAAUUAUUGAUGAGAAUCAGCCUGUACAAUCUUUCAACUGCCCCUUCUGUCGUCAACCAGUGACUGGCUACACUCCGAAGUUCUACAACCAUCCCACCGAACCUGCUGAAACUGGUGAUGCGCCAGCAAGCCCGAGUUGAAUACAUAAAAUAGGAAAAAUUUAAGUAUAACUAAAGAAAAAAUUACUUGAACAAGA